UUUAUUUUCUUCUAAAUGAAAAAAAAAUCAGAUACUAUGCAAGUGAAACGAAAGCUAUUUUAUUCCUAAAAGAGGUUUGAUGGACAGAGGCGCUGGGAUUGGGAGAUGAAUCCCUCGGGGUCAGAAGCAAAAGGAAAGGCGACAAAUACACUGAGCCAGGAAGGGGAGGAAGAAGAAGAGAGAGGAAGCCUCGACAGCUUUCUAAAAUGGGCAGCAGGGCUUGGCGUAUCAGAUUCUCCAAAUCCUAGCUCAUAUUCCUGUCUGGGCCAUUCUCUCGGCGUCGCUUACUUCCCCGACGCUGGCGGAAGAGGUCUGGCUGCUGUGCGUGAUAUUACAAGGGGAGAAUCGCUUCUUAAAGUUCCAAAAUCUGCCUUAAUCACAACUCACUCUCUUUUGAAAGACGAGAGAUUGUCUACUGAGCUCAAAGCCCAUCCAUCUCUGUCUCCUGUCCAGGUAUUGACCGUCUGUUUUUUAUAUGAGAUGAGUAAAGGAAAGGCUUCACCCUGGCACCCUUACUUGCUGCACUUGCCCCGUAGUUAUGGUAUACUCGCGGCUUUCGGUGAAUUUGAAAAGCAAGCCCUGCAAGUGGAUUAUGCCAUCUGGGCUGCGCAGAAAGCUUUGUCAAAAGCUGAAUAUGAGUGGAAAGAAGCCACUCCUUUGAUGAAGGAACUUAAGCUUAAGCCUCAAUUUCUCACUUUUAGGGCUUGGAUUUGGGCUACUGGAACUAUCUCCUCUAGGACAUUACAUAUACCUUGGGAUGAAGCUGGCUGCUUAUGUCCUGUGGGAGACUUAUUUAAUUAUGCUGCACCUGGUGAAGAUCUGAAUGGCUUUGAAAAUGUAGAUAAUUUGCAAAAUGGGUAUGCCCUAGAUGACUUGGAUACACAACAUUCACAGAGAUUAACUGAUGGUGCAUUUGAGGAAGAUGCAGCUGCGUAUUGCUUCUAUGCUAAAACAAACUAUAAAAAGGGGGAGCAGGUUCUCUUGAGUUAUGGAACAUAUACAAAUUUGGAGCUUCUUGAAUACUAUGGGUUUCUUUUAGAGGAUAAUCCAAAUGAGAAGGUUUUUAUUCCAUUGGAGCCUGACAUACGUUCCUCUAGUUCUUGGCCGAAGGAUUCGCUAUACAUCCAUCAAAAUGGGAGGCCAUCAUUUGCUUUGAUGGCUGCUUUGCGUGUAUGGGCAACUCCACCAUAUCAACGGAAAUCUAUCAGACAUCUAGCUUAUUCAGGAUCUCAGCUGUCACAGGACAAUGAAAUAUCUGUCAUGACAUGGAUAGCUAAGAAAUGCCAUGCUACAUUGAAGUCUAUGCCAACAUCAAUUGAAGAUGACAACUUGUUGCUUUCUUUCAUUGACAAAAUCCAGGAGUUUGAUAACCUGUGGGAGUGGGGAAAGGCGAUGCCUGCUUUUGGAGGUGAGUUUUGCAAUCUUUUGCAAGCGACUAACCUGAAAAGAAACAAUGAGUCAUUUGCAUCUCGGAGGGCUAAAAUGUUGAUAGAUAGGUGGAAAUUAGCAGUCCAUUGGAGGCUUAUUUAUAAAAAGGUUCUUGUUGAUUGCAUUUCAUAUUGUACUGACAUAAUCAAUUCUCUAUCUAGUAGGAAUGAUUAAAUUUUGUGAGCUAAAUAAUAAAGCAUUUCACCUGUCACUAU